UUUUUUCCAUUGAUUUUGCACUCUUUUUCCUUCUUGCGUGAUUCAACAACCACCAACGCCAGCAUCCAAAAGCAAAGCAAAAUCAACAACCAAAUUCGCGUGUGUGUGCUUUUUGUUGGCUUGACACGAACAUUCUGAGCCGUUCAGAUCGGAGAACAACAAAACAACAAGAACAACGCAACUUGUCCUUCUCCACCUUUUUAGAACGCGCAACCUCGAGUUUUUCGAUAUUAUUCACACACCAACAAUCCACGCAUCGCCAUGGCAUUCUACCAGCAGGGGCAGCGGACGUCUGCGUUGCCGUGGCCUGUCGCGGGGAGCUCGUCGACUGUCGCUGCGCCGAUUGAAGUCACUCCAACAACGGCUGCGAGCCUGGCGCUGUGGCACACGUCGCUGCUGCCCUCGACUGCCCAGCCAUCGUCACCAUCAUCAUCAUCAUCAUCAUCAUCAUCACCCCCGCGACCACGGCUCAGGAUGCACUCUGACGCAGCAGCAGCAGCGGACGAGCAGCAGCAGGACGGGUCGCCGACGCCGUUCGCAUUGGCGCAGUCCUCCUCGCCAGUGCCGGGCGCCCAUCACCACUACCACCACCACCACUACCAGCAGCAGCAGCAGCAGCAGCAACAGCAGCAGCAACAGCAACAACAGCAGCGCGUCUCCUUCCUGCCGCAGCCGCCGUCCCGACCAACCUCCCAGACCGGAUCGACACUCCCGCCGCCGCCAGAGCAGCAGCACUUUGACCGCUCUGCCCUUGCAUCUGCAACGUCAAUGCUGGCAGCGUUUGCGUUCGAGCAGCCGCCGGUGGUCGACUGGCACUUUGCAAACUACGUCGCCGCCCAUCCAAGGCCUUCGACCAUCCAGCAUUGGCAACUGAGGCAUCUGGUCGCAGCGCUGUCCGAUGAAGAGGUGGUCGUCGUGUACAAGGGAGACGUCGAGUUAUACAAUACGAAAACACGAAAGUCUCGGACGCUCUUCAAGACAUCCUAUUCGCCAACAGCACUUGAUGUCAAUCACGGCUACAUUGCCACUUGUGGGCAGGAAGGCCAGAUUACAAUCUACUCGAUCGAGGACUCGACAGUGAUACACGAUUCGUUCAUCAUUCACAAUGUUCUCAACGCGGUGCACAUCUCGCGCUACGAAGAUGAGGUGCGCCUCAUUGUUCCCUCCAACGACAGCAACGUGCAUGUCUUCCUCCUGCCGUCGCUGCAGCCAAUCUGCACCAUUCCGUGCAACACGGCCAUCAACUUUGCAGCCGUCAGCCCGGAUGGAAGCAAGAUGACUCUUGUCGGCGACUGCAACGAAGUCUAUCUGUACAGCAUUGUGGGACACGACUACACGCGCGUCGCUCGCUUCUCUGAGGCUCGCGACCACGGCUUUAGCUGCUCGUGGCACUCGUCCUCGACCGUGUUUGCCGCGGGCUCGCAGGAUGGCUUGGUGGCCGUGUGGGACAUUCGCUACAGCAAAGCGCUUGCCAAACUGCACUCGACCCAGCGAGGCCACAUCAAGGGCGCCGUUCGCAAUGUCAAGUUCUCCCAAAAGUCCACCGUCGACUUGCUCGCGUUUACCGAGCACGUCUUGUAUGCGCAUGUUGUCGACGCCCGCACCUUUUCGCAGCAGCACUCCAUUCGCCUUCCCGCACCCGGAUCUGCAGACUGCGUGAUUGCCGGUCUCGCCUUCUCACCCAGCAACGAGCACAUGUUUGUUGGUACCGAUUCGCUGCUGACCGAGUACCGUCUGGACACCUUCCGUCGUCGUAGUUUUGCCUGUGGUGAUUUGGUCUAAAAAACACCUUGAGCUUUUGUUGAACGGCCGUGUUUGUUUUCGCUUUCUUUUGGCCAUUUUCGUGGUUUGAGUUGAACAGUUUGAGCGAUUUCCUUUGUACUGGUUUUGUUUUUUUUUUCAAUGUUGUUGAUGUCAAAACGCUUUUUCUUCCCCAAAUGUACUUGUCAA